AUGAAUAUUAGUCAUUGUGAUAUUAAGCCAGCAAAUAUUUUAGUUAACACGAUAGAGAUAGCUGGUAUGAAUUUAUUUAAUGACGUGAAACUAUGUGACUUUGAUUUUAUUGUUGAAGGUGACAUAAGUAAUUCAUCACACUUUGGUACUCGACUGUAUUUGCCCCCAGAAGUUAAAUAUGAUUUAGGGUAUUCUGAAAUAUCGAAGAUUGAUGUUUACAGCUUUGGUGUAACAAUGAUUGAACUUCUUUGUGGCCAUGAUUUUAUUAAAUCUUUGCAAUCCAAUGUAUCCCAGUUAGAAGAAACACUUCAACAUAAUUUCCCCUGUUUAACUUCUGACAUGUCGAAAAAGUUGUUUGAAAUUUGUGUUCGUUGCAUUAAUCAAGAUCCAAAGGAAAGGCCUCCCAUAAAAGCUAUUCACGAACAAUUAUUGGAAUUAUUUGUAGAAUUACCUCAAUUUUCCCCUGAAGAUAAAUACAUUAUCUACACAACAUCUGAACUGGUUGCUCAUACUUUACCUAAUAUUCAAUUAAUACCAAGAAAAAUCAAAACUUUUGAAACAGUUCCAACAAUAACUCGUACAGACGAAGUACUUGGCUUUGGGGUGUACAAAGCUUGGUUAAAUGGUAUUGAAGUGGCCGAGAAG